ACGUCAAGCUCUGAUUAUCUUGCUUGGCAUGCCACGUGGGUUCCUCAAUGGAUCCUAUAAAUACCCCCCACGGCCACAUCAAAAGGACCCAUCUCGAGGCUUUGUAGGUCAAUCCGGAGUGCAGAUACGGACUGAAGAAGGACUUCUGGUUUGGUGCAAUUACAUUGGCGCCGUCUGUGGGAAACGAACUAAAAGCUCCCUUGUUGCUCUCUCAUCAUGGUUAACACUUGAUCAGUCCGAGCUGGAAACUCAUCUCAGCCUUUUGGACGAGGCCAGGUCCCCAGCUCAUAACUCAGCCUCUACUGCCAACCAAGACGUAGUUGCAGCUCAGUUUGCUGCCAUGCAACAACAGUUUGGCAUCUUUCAGCUAGUUCUGGCUCAACUAUUAGCUCGGAACAAUCCUAGUGACCCAUUCAUCAACCUACUUAAUCCUACUCCACAACCCCCGCCCCCACAACAAAACCCUGAACCAAUUCAGCAUGUUCCUGCUCUUAGUGAAUCUCAGGGCCAAUCUCACAUCGCACGAGCUCAGCAACCCCUCCCUGAUGAUGUCACUCGACAUCUAGACAACCUAGAAAAGCUAGUAGUUGAUCUACCUCCGAGCUCAAUCAGCUCUUAUAUAGAAAUGGCAUCUGCUUUUGCCACAAAGUUUUCCAGUAGAAGGUUGAUCAGGAAAACCACUUCUAAGCUGAUGCGAGUUAGGCAGAGGGAUGGAGAAUCUUUGAAGAAUUUUAUGAGCAAAUUCAAUGAUGCAGUACUGGAGGUUAGCUCUUUCGACCAGGUUGUGGGAAUUACAACUGUGAUCUCAGGUCUUAGCCAUGAGAGAUUCAGAGAUAGUCUGCUCAAACAUCCUGCCACCACCUUCAGCGAGGUAAAUGAUAGAUCAUUGAAAUUCAUAACUGCUGAGGAAUAUGCCUUGUCGCAGAAACCAACCCCCUCUAAGAACCAAAACCUAAACUGGAGAGAUGAGAAUCCAAGCAGGAAACGGAUGAGGAUAGCACAGAACCGAGGUCCGAUGUCGACUUCCGCACCGAGAUUCGGAAGGCGGAACUCUACACCCCCACAACAGUCUGAAGGUAAGCCUCGAGUUAAUUGGACUCCUUUUAAUUUGCCGAGGUCACAAAUCUUCAUGCAGAUCAAGAAUAAGAUGGAUUUACGGCGUCCUAACCUAAUGAGAACUGCUGUUGCUAGCCGAGAUCAUACUAGAUAUUGUGAUUUUCAUCAAGAUCACAGUCAUACAAUAGAGCAAUGCAACAGCUUGAGGUCCAAGCUGGAAAGUCUUGCCCAGAAGGGACUAUUGAAUGAGUACAUUCAGAGCGUUGAACAGCCAAGAUUUGUCAGAGAACAAGGGCCACAGCCUCAAAGAGUCUGUAACCCACAAAACCGGCAAGUCGUCACACCUCACAAUGACCCUCUAGUCACUUCUGUCAUGAUUAACAAUUGUGAGGUGCAGCGUGUCCUUGUUGACACAGGGAGUGCACCAGACAUCAUGUACUUCCAUUGCUUUGAGAGUCUUGGCUUGGAUCCAGCUUUGUUGCAACGGUAUGAUGGUCCAAUCUACGGAUUCAACAACCAACCAAUUCUGGUUGAAGGAGUCCUAACCAUGAAUGUUGCAUUUGGAAGUGGCCGAAAUCAUGUGACCCUUUCAGUUAGGUUUCUAGUAGUUAAGAUGGCGUCCUCUUUCAACGUUGUUAUUGGUCGACCCACACUGACUGAAAUCCGAGCUGUAGUCUCCCAGUCUCACCUAUGCAUGAAGUUCCCAACUCCUAUGGGAACAGCAAUGCUACGAGGCAACCAGGAGGUGGCCAGACAUUGCUAUAUCACCUCGGUCACACAACCUCAGAAGGGCAAAGAUCAAACACCCAAGGCUAAUCCCAAACAGAUUCUUGAUAAUCAGCAAGUUAUGGGUGUUGAAAUAAUAGAUAACCGACUAAAAGAUGAAACCAGAGCUGCUCCAGUCGAAGAUGUUGAAGAAGAAAGAGCAGCGUUAAUAGCUUUUCUCCGAGCUAACAAUGAUGUCUUCACGUGGACUUUGGCAGACAUGCCAGGAAUCCCAAAUUCGGUGUCUCAACAUAAGCUCAGUACCAAUCCAUUGAAGAAACCAGUGGCCCAAAAGCGACAUCUCUUCGGGGGGGAGAGGCUUCAGGCUAUAAAAGAAGAGGUAGAGAAACUUCUACAAGUUGGUUUCGUAAGAAAAGUUGAUUAUUGCAAAUGGGUGGCUAACCUUGUCCUGGUGAAGAAGGCAAAUGGUAAAUGGCGGAUGUGCAUUGAUUACACAAAUCUUAACCAAGCCUACCCCAAGGAUUGUUGUCCGAUGCCAAGCAUUAACAAAUUGGUUGAAACGGCUUCAGGUAAUGAGAGGUUAAGUCUCUUGGAUGCAUAUUCUGGGUAUCACCAAGUGCCGAUGGCUUCAGAAGAUGAAAAGAAAACGUCUUUCUAUGCUGGUGACGAAAUCUAUUGCUACAUAAUGAUGCCAUUUGGCUUAAAAAACGCAUGCGCUACUUAUCAGAAGAUGAGCCUGAAAGUAGAAGACCACCUAGCUGAUCUUGGCGAAACUUUCAACAACCUCCGAAAGAACAGAAUGCGGUUAAACCCAACCAAAUGCAUCUUUGGCGUGGAGUUUGGAAAGUUUCUGGGUUUCAUGGUGUCCAGAAGAGGGAUUGAGAUCAACCCAGAAAAGAUCAGAGCAAUUGCCGAGAUGGAACCGCCGAACUCGCCACCCCUACUGACUAAGGCCGCAGAUGGGGGGAUUCUCUAUUUGUAUCUGGGAAUUUCAGAUGAAGCCAUUAGUUCGGUUCUGGUGAAAAAAGAAGCCAAGCAGCAAAAACCAAUCUAUUAUAUCAGCAGCGUACUGCAUGGUGUAGAAUUGAGAUAUCCUAUUGUUGAGAAAGCAGCAUUAGCAGUUGUCACUUCAGCCAGGAAGCUGAGGCCAUAUUUCCAGUCACACCCAAUCAUUAUACUUACAGACCAACCUCUUCGACAGAUUCUGCAGAAGCCAGAGUGCUCUGGAAGAUUAAUUAAUGAACAUGCCUUGAAAUUUAACUUCGAUGCAACAAACAACAUGGCUGAGUACGAAGCUCUGCUACUUGGUCUACAACUAGCAUUGGAGUUGAAAAUUAGCGCGAUCCAGGUAUACAGUGACUCCCAGCUGGUGGUGAACCAAAUCAACUUAAUCUACAAAGUCGUUGAUCUUGUGAUGGUGAAAUAUGUAGCCCUGGUGGCCGAGUUGAAGUGCAAAUUUCAGAAAUUCUAUCUGAACAAAAUCCCUCGAACUGAGAAUGAACAAGCAGAUUCACUCUCAAAGUUUGCCUCUGAUAGCUAUUUAAGUUCCAGAUCAGUUUUUAUGGAGGUCUUAGAUGAACCAAGCUUCUUGAAACCACGGAUGAUGGAGAUCAGCACAGACCCAGACAUGCCGAGUUGGACUAACUCAAUUAUCUCCUUCUUACGAGAUGGGAUAGUACCUGAGAGCAAGCAGGAUGCACUGAAGUUGAGGAAGAAAGCAUUUCGUUACACACUCAUUGAUGGGGUCCUCUAUAAGAGAUCUUUCUCACUCCCUCUUCUACAGUGCUUAAAUCUCUACGAAGCUGAGUAUGCACUUCGAGAGGUAUAUGAGGGUGUUUGCGGGAGCCACGUUGGUGCUAGAACUCUGGCUCACAAAGUCUUAAGGCAGGGAUAUUAUUGGCCAAACAUGUACAAAGAUGCCACUCACUUCGUUCAGAAAUGCCCAAAAUGCCAAUUCUUUGCACAUCUGACUCACCAACCAGCAGAAGAGCUCACAAACUUGAUAGCACCAUGGCCAUUUGCUCAGUGGGGAUUGGAUCUUCUGGGCCCAUUCAUGAAAGGGGUUGGUGGCAUAACCCAUUUGAUUGUCGGUGUGGAUUAUUUCACAAAAUGGGCUGAAGCUUGGCCAUUAUCCAGUCUUACCUCUAAGAAGGUCGAAGACUUUGUUUUCAGCUCGAUCAUUUGCAGAUAUGGGAUCCCAAAUCAGAUUGUGGCUGAUAAUAGAACACAAUUCAACUGCACUUCUUUUCGAGAUUUUUGUUCCAGCUACGGGAUCAAAUUGCAGUUCACCUCAGUUUACCAUCCGGAGUCAAAUGACGAGCUCAACAACGUCCUAUGGGCAUAUAGAACAACGAGUAGAACUGCCACAGGUGAAACACCCUACCACUUGGCCUUUGGCACUGAAGCAGUUAUUCCUAUUGAAAUAGGAGUCCCAAGCUUUUGGGUCACCCAUUUCGAUGAAAAACAAAAUGGGCAGCUGCUUCGGGAGAACCUUGAUCUACUUGAUAAAGUCAGAGAAGAAGCACGGCUUCGAACUCUAGUUUACAAGCAGAAAAUAGCCAACUUCUACAAUAAACGAGUUUGUCCUCGAACAUUUAAAGUAGGAGACCUCGUUCUCAGAAAGGCUAGCCUAACAGGGUUUGAAACUCGUUUUGGCAAACUGGCCCCAACUUGGGAAGGCCCUUAUACGGUGGUCGAAGUGCCAUAUCCUGGUGCCUAUGUCCUCCAAGACGCUGAGGGGAAGAUAGUUCCUAGAGUCUGAAAUAUCAAUAACUUAAAGAAAUUUUAUCCAUAAUAAAAUUCUUUCAAGUGAUCUAUGUCUUACUAAUUCUUUACAUUACUUACUUCGUGAUCGUUGAGAUUCAUUUCAUCUCUUAUUCUAUGUAUCCGAGGUCAAUCAGUUCAUUCAUUCCUUGAAUUUCACUCCUAUUAAUGAAUACCACUUCACAUA